GCAACCCAAUCCUGAAGCAACAUUUUGCAUUUCGAGGAGGGAGAAUCGCAUCCCGAAUAUGCUUGCACUGUUGCUUACGAUGGUCAGAAGACUCUGCAUUUUGUCAGAGUCUUCACCAAAUAGAACUAUGUAGUCGGCAUAUUCUAGGUCAAAAAGUGAAUCUCCCGGUAGAAGUUCAACCCCUGGAAAUCUAGAUGAGGAAAGUGUUAUCUCCAAAAGCACGUCAACGACAAAGUUAAACAAGAAUGGAGAGAGUGGACAGCCCUGACGAACACCACUUGAGGUAGUCAAUUCUGAUGACAGUUCCCCAUAAGCUCCCACUCGGCCAAUGAACUGUUCUUUGGUUGAUAGUUUAAAAUCUACUAAUUAGUGUUUGCGGACUUGAAGUUCAUCUGACAACCACUUUCACUCAAAUAUUUUGUAGACUGACACAUCUUUACUGAAAACUAAAUAAUUUAUAGAUGACAGAAAUUCACUGUCUGGUGUUUGCCCCACUAAAUGAAACCACUGUAUUUCAUUUUUUACAUUAGGAAGAUUUACUACAAUGUUAAAACUAAUUACUCACCCCAUUACUUUGAAUUACGUUUUAUUUUUUGCUUUAAGUAGAGACUUCAAUCUCUUACAUUCUUUAGUUCUAAUAUGUGUAAAUAUGUUUGAGAAGAGUUAUGCACAGACAGACUUUUAGUUCAAGAAUCUAUUUUUCCAGACACAAGUUUUGGUCAACAAAUUUAGAACUAGAAAGAUUCAAAACCACAUUAAUUAACAGCUGCAAUUAGCUUACAAGCAACAAACAUCACAUAAGAAGCAUGCUUACUCAGAAAAUUAAGGUUAUCUGAAAAUUAGAAUCUAAUGAAAGCUUUAUGGUCACUGCAGGGGACAAGGUACUGUAAUUUUUCGACAAGAAUGGUAACAAAUAAAAUUAUCCUUCUGACGAAUGAUCAGACAAGAUUCUGGAAACUAGGGUCAUGUUUGAACGUAACAGACUGCACAUCGACUGAACACAACAUCAAAAUCCAACAAGCUUGAAAUUUGUUGAUACUAUUAAACCCUGUGUUGGGAUAAAUAGUUUUCUAACUAAAAAUCUGUCUUCAAAUGAUUCUAAUAUCUACGCUUAUCACAAAACUUUGAAUAGGAAUCAAAUUGAGGUGGGUUACUGGGUCCAAACUAAAAAAAUAAAUUUAAAAGCGCACCAGCUACAAAUGCUAGGUAAGUCAGGUUUUAAUGAUUGGUUACCUAGUCCUUCGAUUUGAUUGAUUCCUACCUUAUUUCCCUUGUUUUUUUGCUUCCUGAACAUAUUUCGAUUAUGAAUGUUUUAGAUUUUGAAGUAAAUCUUCAGUGGUAUAUAAUCUCUAUAGGAUUUUUUUUUUAACUCAGUGGCAUACGUUCAGUAUAAUUCAAUUUGGCUCAAGGCAUAUCUUUUCAGUGACUUAUCAUUAGGUUUGACCUCACAUCAACGAAUAGAUUUGUAAUGCUUUCCUGUGAUACUGUCGUAUUCCUAAUUAUACGUUCAUCUUUCUAAUUUUACACAUUAUACUUAUUAACAGAUAUUGUUACUAUCAUCAUCAUUAUCACAAUUACCACGACACAACAAUUUCUACUUUUUACAUACGAUUUUAAUUUGUUAAUUAGGACUCAUUACCUUAGGCCAUGUAAUUUCUAUGACUUUUCCUUGUGUAACUUUUUUAACCUUACUAAUUAAGCAUCAUGGUAUUAUUUGAGACUUCGUCAAUCUAUAAUCUAUUAUUUUCGAUCCAACCAGAAUGUUCCUAUGUAUACUCCAAUAUUUUUUAUAGUGCAAUAUUUGUAUAUUCAUAACUGUACAGUCUGAAGAAGUUUUCCAAAGUACUAACGUUUUUAUAAUUAUGCUUAUACAGUAUAUUACUAUAAUAUCUAGAAACCGGGACAAAAUUGUCAGAACUGUAGUUUAAGCAAUAUCUUUCAGUGACUGCAGCGUGCUAGUUAUCUAAAUCGUGUAUUUAUUAUUUUUUUAAGGUUCCUAAAAAUAUAAAUCUCUUGAUCCAGUCAGCCACAACAUGGGGUAUUUUAUGGUACAAUCUAACUCAUUUUAAUGCGGCUUUAAAGAUUUAUCGAAAUUUGUAAGACGUGAUAAGCUUAUACACUUAUUUAACUAGUCUUGUAUUGCAAAGCUGUUAAUUUGUGAAAACCAAAGUAGUUGCAAUACUCACUAAAAUCUCUACCAAAAUGUCCCUGGAAAGAACGUCUAAAAUCAUCAAGAAAAGAUCAGUAUAUGUUCGAAUGAACUUCUCGAAUUCGUUUAUAUAUUCUCAGGCUAAUCUAAUGUUAUUCUGCUUGAAUGCUUACUGUAACCGUUCGAUUCUAGUUAUAUUAUAAGCGUGUUUUAUUGAUAUUAAGUCGAAUUUCAUGAACAUGUUUAAAUAAUUCCUUAAGUGGUUAAGAAUUAUGCCAGUGAUUUUCUAUGUUUAUGCUUCUUGUGUUUCAGUUUACUAGUGCUCUAGAUUACUGUCUAUCUUUUUAUUUUAUAGAUCUUUCCCACAAUAAUGUUUGACUGGUAGGAAGUCCUCAUGAACUGUUCUUUACCAGCUAGCUGAACCUUAUCAAAUCUUUUAUCCGAACCACUCCAUUAAUAUGUCCAGUUUCUUGCAUAAAGUUUUUAGCAAUUAUAGCUGUUCUGAUGGAUUUUACGUGGACAGAGAAGGCUGUAAAACGUUAUUUAUCGAACUUUAUGGAAGGAAGCCGAAUAAGGAAGAGAUGAAAUGUAUUUUAUCAUUUUUUGAAUCAAAUCCCGAUGGUGAGGCAAUUGGUCUAACAUUUUCCGGUUUUCUUUCUUCUAUCCAAAUGCUUCAGAAACAUUUUCAGAAUAACCUUCCACAUAUUGAUAAACACAAUAGAUUAUCAUUUGAUUGUUUAGAUCUAGAUUCUAAGGACUUUGUUAUGAUAAAUGAUUUACACAAAAUAUGGAGUAGAUACUUACCAUCUUUACCAUCUGGUCUACUGCGUACUAUUUUCAGAGAGUUUGACCAAGAUUGUGACGGUCGAGUUUCAUAUGAAGAUUAUCUACAUACUACAAAGUCUACUAAUAUUAUAACGUCUUCACGAAUCAUCUAUUAAACACUAUACCUUCUUUCUAUCGAUUCCAUGUUUAGCAUUAUUUUGUUUGAAGAGAAAUAAGUUUGUAAUUGUACACUUCUUCUUUCAGUUGUAGUAAUAUGUAAUCAGUCUACGAAAAGUGACUGAAAUGGAAUAUUUCAAUGACUUCAAAGAACUUAUCAUACAAUUGAUUCUGAUUGUAUCUCCUGCCUAUUCUGUAUAAAUAAAUGUGUGUUUACAUUUUUUUUCAAAUGUUUGCUUAUUUUCAUAAUUAUUUAGAUAAAACUAAUGAUAAAAGUAACAUUUGUUGUUCUUUUCUUGUAAUAUACGUUUCGCAAGUAGUUUUAGAAUAAAUCAGUUCACUUUGUAGCACUUUGUUGAUUGUAACAUGUUUCUUUUUUUAAAAAAAAAACAAGCGUUUACUUGAUGUUACAGAUUAAUAAUAAACAAUGGUUAAAGUUUUUUUGAAGUCUGUAAACCGUGAAUUUCAAACCUUACAAAUCAUACUGUGAACUCAAACUAAGAAAUAAUUAUACGUUGUUCCCUCAUUAAGCGUUGGAGCUGCUAGCUAUACACUAAAACCAUUGAACUCCAUGAGUUUAAAAGAGUUGUCACUAAAUGUUAUCAAUGAUUAGUUAGUUAAGGCGUAUAGCUUUAUGAUAGCUAUCUUCAGUCAUCUUAUAAUGAAUACAAUUUUCUAGUAUAUUAUUUAACUGAACACAUUUGUCAUAUUGUAUUAGUGGAUGAACGUGAUUUGAUUAAACACUUCAGAUUACUAUACCAUUUUCAAUCACCAUCUUGAAAUUGUUUUAUUUAAUAAUUAGCAUAUUUAUUAAACAACUUUUGUGAAAUUCCAAUUUUACUGAUUUCCUGUCGACAGAAUCCAAUCGUAGCUUAAAUUUAGACAUACUUUUCUUAAGUAUAUUACAUGCCCCGACAGAUUGCAGCGCGGAUGCAAUCAAGGAUGAAUUCUACCACCAGUUAUCUGUUCUUCUCCAGAAAGUGCGUUCGACAGAUAUUGUAGUACUAGCCGAAGACUUUAAUGCUCAUGUCGGGCGUCUAGGCACAGAAGAGAGUCGUUUAGGUGACCGAUGAGGA